CGGGAACAUGUGAGCAGGGAAUGGGCGACUGGAAACAGGAUUAUUGUUCUACACAGCAGAGACACGCAGGAGGGGCCCGGGACAGGAGAGACACGGGCACACUGUGACAAAUCCGAGGAGUUUUUUUUUUUUUUUUCCUUUUUAAUUUUUGCGCGUCAGAGAAAUCGGGGGAAUAUCUGGCCAAAAUGAACACCAUCGUGUUUAACAAGCUGAGCAGCCAGGUCCUGUUUGAGGAGAAGGCGAAAGAGGUGGAAAUGAGCAGCAGAAAUUAUCUAGAAGUCAUCGACGGGCAACAUGCAGACCUCCUCUCCAGCAACCAGACCAUCAGAGACAACCAGGCCAUCAGACACCGGCGGAGCGGGGGUCGGCCCAGUGGCGGUAAAGUGCGGCACAAGCGCCAGGCCCUGCAGGACAUGGCGAGACCGCUCAAGCAGUGGCUCUACAAGCACCGAGACAACCCCUACCCCACCAAGACGGAGAAGAUCCUGCUGGCCCUCGGCUCGCAAAUGACCCUGGUCCAGGUCUCCAACUGGUUUGCCAAUGCCAGGAGGCGACUGAAGAACACGGUGAGGCAGCCAGACCUGAGCUGGGCGCUCAGGAUCAAGCUCUACAACAAAUAUGUCCAGGGCAACGCGGAGAGGCUGAGCGUCAGCAGCGAGGACAGCUGCUCAGACGACGGGGACAACCCUCAGAGGACACCGAGCGGCCCCGAGGAGCUCAACAAGCCCAUGUACCAGAGCGUGAUCAAGAAGGAGGGCUCCUCCAUGGUGGGCAUGGGCAUGGGCAUGGGCAUGGCCAUGGGUAUGGGAGCAGGACUACGCUCGGCGGCCUCACUUGCUGAGGACUAUGUGUCUCCGCCCAAGUACAAGAGCAGCCUGCUGCAUCGCUACCUGAACGACUCACUGCGCCACGUCAUGGUGGCCAACGCCGUCAUGGACGCUCGCAAGAGGAACCACUCCGGCUCCUUCAGCUCCAAUGAGUACGACGACGAGCUGCUCUCGCCGUCCUCCUCUGAGGCUGAAGCGAACUUUGUUUAUCGGGCUGAAACCACAGACCAUGGAUCAAGUAAAUGUGACAAUGGCAGCGGUGGCGUCGGAGCUGCGCAAAAGGAGAGGGUGAAGGGCAAAGACGAGACGUACUGGAGAGAGAUCAACGCCGCUAUGGCCUUGACCAACUUGGCGCAAGGGAAGGACAGCACCUCUGGUACCACCAGCUGCAUCAUCCAGAAGUCCUCCCACAUAGCAGAGAUCAAGACUGUUAAAGUGCCUCUAAUGCAGAAAUAUUAGCCGUGACAUCGUCCUCCCAUCUCUUUAUGCAAACCAGCAAACAUUCCUGUUUCA